UGGUUCCUCCUGCCUCCCGUCCCUUCCCGGCGCGGGCAUCCGAUACGCCGUCGCGUUCGAAGCACGGCGCGAAGGCGAAGGCGAAGGCUGCGAAAGGCGAAGGCAGGCUCUGAUGUCUUCGAGCGAAAGCCGAGAAUUUUAGGAUCAAGAACUAAAAGAUACUGCAGAGCAUUUCUUGCGGUAUUUUUUCCUGCCUAAUUAUAUGGAGGAAUAUUCAAAUAGGAGAUCUAAAACAGAAAUUGGAUUUCUCAGAAGGGGUUCCAGAAUCCCUUUGAGAAAUCAAAGUUCUGAAGAGAGGAUCAGUCACAACAGUGAUGGACCGGGAAACAGCAUGAGACUCAAUCCUAUGAAAACCAGGAUGGCUGAUGAUCAAGAGAGACCAAGAUAUUUGCGUGAUCCGUUUAAAUCUUCAAGCUCAAAAGUUACGCUUGCAAGCUGUUCCAAAUUUCCACUUGGAAAGUUUGAGGAAAAGCGAAGGCAGUCUUUGUCGGUAGGUGUUGACAUUGCUGAAAGUAGUAGUAGAAGAAAGGCUGAGGUCAAGAAUCUGGAGGGUAGUAAGAACAAUGCUGCAGAGGACGAUAUUCCAGACGCUCUGCAAACUGAGACAGAUGAUUUUACUACUGAACAAGGUCAAUUGUUACCACCUGAUCAUCUAGUUUCGCUUUCUGCUGGUUUUUCAGAUAUUUCUGCACAUACAGUUGAGUCCUUGGUUAGGAGUGCUUCACUAAGUUCUAGGACACAUAGACAAAAGGAUAAAGAAUUGAAUUUGGGUGCGCCAGGAGCUUGCUCUUCGUCUUUUACUGAUCGGUCUAGAAUACCUGGAAAUUCUACCGUUGGUGUGAAGCCAUCUUAUGGUCACGUUAGUGGAGUACAGAGGCGUGGUCUUAAAAACAUUGCUUGUACUUCAGUACCUGAUGUUCAACCAUCAGGUUGCCCAUUUGAUUCUAUUCAUAAUAGGAGGUUUGAGGCUAUGAGAAAGAGGGCUUCUGUCCGGGAAAGCUCUUCCAGAUCAAGGAGCUUAAAUGGACCGUCCAAUAUAGGUCAUUCACCUCUUACACAUAUUCGCGAUACUGGUCCUCGAAUUAGAACGAGGGAACAACCACCUUCUCAACAAAUGAUGCAAAGAAGCAGCAGAAAUCAUCAGGAUUUGGUAGUGUCAGUAAGGACUAGACGAUCUUCUCCUCAGGUCACUAAACUCAGAGUGUCUGAGGAAAGAGAGGAUGUCAUGCUUUCCCUUAACGACUCAUCCAAAAGGAAUCAACAGUCAGAUCAGUCACACUUUUCUUUCACAGAAACCUCUCCAGAGAGCUCAAUAAGACCAUUGUCUGUGGAAUUACCUCAUGAAAUUUACUCGUCUAGUCGUCGUGGCUCAAAUACUCGGACUGCAAGGAGAAGAUCAAGCUCCCUUUUUGAAGAAAGUCCUCCACAGGUGUUUCAUGGCCCCUUGGGGGAGAGAGAUAGUCAAAGACACAUAACCAUGGAAGGAAUUACAGAGGUUUUACUAGCGCUGGAGAGGAUUGAACAAGAAGCAGAGCUGACUUAUGAGCAAUUACUGGUGCUGGAGACUAAUCUAUUCCUUGGUGCUUUUGCCACCCUUGAUCAGCAUAGAGGCAUGCGGAUGGAUAUAGACAAUAUGUCCUAUGAGGAAUUAUUGGCAUUAGAAGAGAGAAUAGGCUCAGUAAGCACUGCCCUUUCUGAAGAGCAAUUCGCAAAAUGCUUCAGAAGAAAUAUAUAUAGUCCAGUUGCUGCAGAAGUAAACGAAUCAGUCUCAGAUGACAUCAAAUGCAGCAUAUGCCAGGAGGAGUAUAUGGAGGGUGAAGAAGUUGGCCGGUUGCCAUGUGAACACCAGUACCAUGUGUGCUGCAUUGGCCAGUGGCUUCGGCAGAAGAACUGGUGUCCAGUAUGUAAAGCUUCAGCAGUACCUUCUAUGGACUAGCCCAAGGAUAUUCAAGCUUGUAAAUUAGCAUGUGUCUUGGAUUCUACCAUUGCUGUGAACUUGUAAAUAAUACAGACUGGGUUCACCCCAGUGCAUGUCAACUUUCUUGUGGCCUGAAAACCUUCUCCAAGUCUUUGUC